CGUGUCCUGUUAUAAAACGUUAACAAUAACGCUUUAAGGUGUUAUUUUAACUUAAACUAUUAAAUGAACACACGAAUGUGAUGAAAUACAGUAAAAUAGGAUUAUAAUACAGUGAAAUAUGACUUUUGAAUUGUAAUACGUCCAUGUUAAACACAUUCUUUGGAGAUUUGUUCCAACUUCCAUUGAUUAAAACGUCUUUUUUUAACAGAAGGCUGUCCAUAUUGCUACUCACCAUUAUUUUCAUGGCAAAACAUCCUUGGGAAUGCCUUAUAACCAGCUAAAACUGAUUUGAGCAAUUGAACAGUGGCGCGUGCUUCCGUCUAAGAUCAGCUGACACGAGCACGCGGAAGAAGUAAAGCUUCAUACGGAGCGUAGUUUAAAAGUUUAGUUUGAAAACAUAAAGCUAACGUUUCAUUCUUAUGAGCAUAAAAACUUUUGUGCUGGUCCUCGUUAGAAGAUUCUAUCUUUCUGAACUGUCAUUUGACUGCAAUGGCAUACAACGAGUCAAUGGUUGUUGUGAAUGGAAGUCAGGUGUCCUGCAUUGGGCAUGAUUGGGAAGACAUUCCAGAUUUUCUUGGGACAGAAUAUGGAGAAUUGGCGAGGAGAUUAGAUCUCAGCUUCAACCUACUGAGGUCACUGACAGGCCUGAAAGCGUUCAGCCAACUGGAAGAGCUGAUUGUGGACAACAAUCUUCUCGGAAAUGACCUCCGGUUGCCCAGGUUACCACGGCUCCAUACCCUAACGCUCAAUAAGAACCAAUUCACCGACAUCGAGCCCCUGCUGGAGCAUUUGGUGGAAGUGACGCCAGCCCUGGAAUACCUGAGCCUUCUGGGAAAUGAGGCCUGUCCCAAUCAGCUGGUCAGCAUGGAUAAAGAUGAAGACGACUAUCAGAGAUACAGGUAUUUUGUACUACAUAAGCUGCCAAAUCUGAAGUUCCUGGACACCAGGAGAGUGACCCAGUGGGAGCGGUCAGAGGCCGAAGCACGUGGAGCUUUCAUGAAGGUGGUCAAGCCAAAAAAUGACCAAGACGCCGCCAGUGAUCCGAGGCCCGAAUCCGCCACGACGCUGUACACCCCGCUGCCACGAGGAUCCAGAGAUGCCCGAAACCACAAAGGGGUUUUCACCAAGUGCCGUUAUGUCUACUACGGCAAGCACUCAGAGGGCAAUCGAUUCAUCCGCAAUGACCAGCUUUGACUGACAGACGGGUCAGUGGAUAGACACGCGAAGAGGCUUUACAAAGAUAUCCUGCGCAUAUUAUUAUAAAUAUACAUGUUGCCACACGCAUUUUAAGCAGCCAAACACAGCCCUCUAGUGCCGUCUGCUGAGUGUGCCUUCCCUGCCACCUCCCAUCGCUCUCGCUCCGUCUGAGCAGUGCCAUCCAGAUUGACAUGAUUGCCUUUAAGCAGCCCCGCUAUGCCGCGGUGACAGACACACACGCGGCUGAGUGCUCGUCCUGACAGCCGCGGCUCCAUGAUGGAUUGCCUGGUCCAACUGCUGCUCUCCCCAGGUCAAAGGUCCCACCUGAGGCUUCAGGCUGCCCACACGGAAGCCCAGGAUGAGCUCCUCUCAAAGUCAAAGCUAAAGUUAAAGAGAAACAUCAGUCGCUUUCGUUGAAGUUUUACACUUUAUCUGUCAUUAAAAGUAAAGCUUAUUACAUGGCUUUGUAACCAUGUCAUUUUCCGUAUGUUACUGUAGGCGUAAUGUCAGUUUGAGUCACUGGAGGCUUUUGUUCCCCUACAUAAGUACAAAAAUUAAAAAAAAAGUCAAAAUGGCUAAUAAAUUUAAAGAUAAGCACAUUUCAUUUUGUUUGUUUAAAUUUAUUAGCCUUUUUUUAAGCUUUAAAAAUAAAAGGCACGUUCACCAUUGGCACGAGGGAUUAAUAACAUGUUUUGUUUGUUUGUUUGUUUGUUUUAAAUAAUAUACAGAGAAAGUGUAUUUUAAAAUUAUUAGCUGUUUUUUAAAUCUACGUUCUGUAUUAAUGAUCCAAAGCUUUAUUGAAUGUUUUCAGCAUGAGCAGCUUCGAGGCCCUCACAGGCUCUUGACUCUGGCAUGUGUAUGUUUGCGUGUUUGUGAGGUGCAUGUGCAUGUCGUGUGUGAAGUUUGUGUGUUGCGGGGGCAGUUGUUGCAGUGCCGGAGCCUGGAGGAGCUGUGAAAGAAAGAGGUAAUGAGCUUUGCUUUAUUUCAUUCUUUCUCUGGAGGGAGAGAGCAAAGAAAGACAGCAGCUCUGGCAGUGAAAAUGGAGGAGGUGGAUGUAUGUAUGUGUGAGGGGGGAGGCAACAACUUUCUCCAGUCUUUUUUGAUUGUUUCCUCUUGCGAUUUUUGGACCUACUCACGUUAUUUUAAUGAUUUCUUUUUCUUUGUAUGUUUUUUUUUUUAAAUCAAUUAAAAAAAAUCCAUAAUGGCCUUUGCUGUGUUUGGCAACAGAGUUUACUAACAGUGGGCAAAAAGUUGGGCAAAUAUUUGAAGCAUCAACUCCAUUAGGUGCAGUGAGGAUGAUGAAUGUUUUAUGUUCGUCCAAUUUAUUUUGCUGCUUCUUGUGUCACACUUUUUUUCUUUCUUUUUAAAAUAUUUCAUUCCACAUUUAAAGCUCAGUUCUUACACUGAAGUUUGUAUACAGUAAGACUAGCCAAAGAUCCUCUGCAAACAAAAUAACAAGUUUGUUUUAACCAUGUGUAUACAGCGGAAAUGUAAAAGAUUACCUGUAACCUGUUUUAAAGACGUGAC